GGAGAAUCGGAGGUGGUGGGGGGCAGGGGGUGGGGCGAAGUAGGAGGAGAAGAGAAUCGGUAGAGAGUAGCGAUCUUGAAGCGAAGAGGGAGAGAGUGAGAGGAAGCAAGAGAAACUCAUCGAGAGUUAAGCUAUCUGGUAAAACAAACGGACUAGGCUGGACAGAAGGUUUUCUACGAAAAGACGGUACGAAGUGGCAUGCGGGUUUCGUUAUUUAUGUAACUAGUGACGCGCGCACAGUCCGUCUACGUCUGUCCGAUCGGCGGAGGACUUGAUACGCGAGCACGAGCAGGAGCACGAGCACGAAAGUACUCGCGGAAUCGUUCUCGACCGAGCUCCCGUUUUGCCGUCUCGAGCCCCCUUAACCGCGUCGCGCGUCGGCACGCCCCGCUUCUCCUUGCCUCGCCUCGUCGCGCCUCGCGUCGCGUCGCGCCGUGCCAGGACGUCGUCGCGCGUCGUCUUCGUUUUCUUCCCUUUCGCUUUUCUGUUUCCAUAUUUUUUCGACCGAUCCACCGUCCCACGGUGAAUCGAUCCUGUGACACUCGUACACCGCAGGCGCACGCACACUCACUCGCACGAGGAUCAUGGACGACGAAAGGAUCAAGCUAUUUAAAGACAAGGCUGUGUACGGAUACGGGACGAGCAUUCCACCGAAUAACAACCAAGUCGAUGAGAACGAAGCGUCACCGAGGAAAGUGAUCUUUUGCGUGCACGGCAAGCUUUCGGGAUGCUGCACGGUUGUAAAGGGCAACGCGUCCAUCGACGAGAAUGCUACCAUCGCCGGCGAUUUUCAAGAAAAUUCUUCAACUGUACCGGAGGACCAUUGUCACAGAGAAAGAAACGAGGAGAUCGAUAAAAAGGCAAGAAAGAAAUUACUGCUUGCUAGUGCGCUAUGCGUAAUUUUUAUGAUAGCAGAAAUCGUAGGUGGUAUAUUGUCCAACAGUUUGGCAAUCGCAACGGACGCCGCACAUUUACUAACCGACUUCGCCUCCUUUAUGAUUUCCCUGUUCUCGAUAUGGGUAGCGAGCAGACCAGCCACGAGGAAAAUGCCUUUUGGCUGGUACCGGGCAGAGGUAAUAGGUGCUUUGACGUCGGUUCUACUGAUAUGGGUAGUCACUGGAAUCCUCUUUUAUCUGGCGGUCGAAAGAAUUGUUCACAAAAAUUUUGAACUGGACGCCAUCGUCAUGUUGAUCACAUCUGCCGUUGGCGUUGUGGUAAAUCUAGUAAUGGGUUUGUCUCUGCACCAGCACGGCCACACUCACGGUAGCAGUCAUGGUCACGGUCACGGUCACGGUCACGAUUCCUCCCACAAAACGAAUCGAAGCAUAGAGAACGAGAGAAUGGACGAAGAAAGUCUGGCCCGUGAUAAGAAAAAUAUCAACGUGCGUGCUGCCUUUAUUCAUGUUCUUGGAGAUUUUAUUCAAAGCAUAGGUGUUUUCGUUGCAGCGCUGGUUAUUUAUUUCAAGCCCAGUUGGAGCAUAGUUGAUCCAAUUUGCACCUUCCUAUUUUCACUGCUGGUGGUAUUGACCACGUUCGCCAUAAUCAAAGACGUGAUGAACGUCUUGAUGGAAGGAAUUCCAAAAGGAUUCGAAUACUCCCAAGUGGAGAGUACGUUUAUGCAAAUCGAUGGCGUCGUUAAGGUGCACAAUCUUCGUAUUUGGGCGCUUUCGUUGGAUAAAACUGCGCUCUCCGCGCAUCUCGCGAUAAAACCUGGCGCCAGUCCUCACGAUGUAUUACGUACCGCGACCAGAAACAUUCACGACAAGUACAAAUUUUUCGAAAUGACGCUUCAGAUAGAGGAGUUCGACGAGCGAAUGGAAAAUUGUAAACAGUGCAAAGCGUUGUCGCAGUAAUCGCAAAUCAUUUUUCACUUUUUCCUCGCAACCAAUCGUCGUCAGUUCAUGCAACUCGAAUCGUACAAUUCGAGUACGUAUGGUUCGCAAUCAAUCCGAGAGGAGAGCUCGUGUCGAGCUUCUCCAAAAGUAUGAUCUCCUGUAAGUUGAAACGACGCGUGGUGCUUUUCUCUUCGGUUAAUGCGUUCUGACCAUUUCAACCACGAAAACGAUCUCAACGAUGCGAACCAUUUGUACUAUACUUACCUAGCGUCCAGUCCGUCAAUUACAAGAUGAAAGAGAAUAAGACCUGUCUAGGUUAACGCGCAUUACUAUUCUCCUUUUAAUUUUAAACGUCACCUAUGGUGAAGCAAUGGAAUAGAAAAUUAAGCAAUACUCGCGAUCGAUCGUUUAUCCCCACAUUUUGCUUCGAAAUUCAUAA